AUUGAAGGGAGCCGGAGCCCGUCGUCGGGCGGGGAGUCGAGGGAGCCUCAGCGGCCCCCUCUGGCGGCCGGAGCGCGCCUGGGCCACGGAUAUCCACCAAUGAGACCAGUGUGGCUGGACUGUUUCCACAUUCAUUCAAAAAGACAGGCGACUGGAGGCGCAGGACUGGAGCUUGGUGGCCAGUUCCUGAAGAAUGAACCUCAAGUAUGUCCUGCUGGGAAUGCUGUAUUUUGUCCAAGGCAUCCCUUAUGGCCUGCAGUCCGGUCUCCUGCCUGUCUACUUGCGGACGCUCGGGCACUCCUUUACCAGGAUUAGCCUGGCUAAGGUGCUUUACAUGCCCUGGAUCCUCAAGGUGAUGUGGGCGCCGCUGGUGGACCACUACUUUGGCAAGAAGACCUGGCUGAUGCUGACCAUGUCUGGUCUGGCUCUGGCUUGCCUGGGCUGCUCCCUCACCAGCCCCGAGGUCAGCUUCCUCCCCGUGGCCGGCAUCUUCCUGCUCAUGAACUUCUUCGCCUCCAUCCAGGACAUUGCCGUGGACGGCGUGGCCGUUCAGCUGCUGGUCCACGAGGAGGUUGGGUAUGGCAACACGAUCCAGGUGGUGGCCUACAAGCUGGGCUCGGUCAUGGCAGGAGGCGGCCUGCUCACUUUCCUGCACCAACUGGGCUGGGGAGCCCUUUUCGUCUACCUGGCUGUCGUCUACGCCCUGGCCAUCGGGCUCACCUGGAUUUCUGACCUGAGGGUGAAACAGAGGCGGGCUUCGAUGGACAGCUACAUCCGGGCCAGCCGGUCCAACCCCUGGCGCAUCUUCCGAGACAUUAUUUAUGUGCCAGACACUCCUUGGACAGCUGGUUUUGUCUUCAUCUAUAAGUUAGGUGAGCAAGGAGCCAUAGCCAUGUUCCCCCUCUUCCUCCUGGACCAUGACUUCUCUCCGCAGAAACUGGGCUUCUGGAAUGGGGUGGUAUCCAUGGUCUUUUCCAUUGCAGGAUCCUCCCUGGGAGGCCAUCUGAUACCAAGGCAGAGUGGCGGCCGUGUUGAGCAUCUGCCUUCAGCACUUUGUGGCAGGGCUAAUCACCACCCUCACCUUCAGCAUGAUGAUGCACUGCUCGCAAAAGGCCCGGGAGAGCAUCCAGGCCACUCACUACAGCUUCCUGGCCACCCUGGAAGUCUUGGGCAAGCUGGUCUUCAGCACCCUGGCGGGCAGCCUGGUGGACGGGCUGGGCUUCGUGAGCGCCUUCGGCAUCUUCCUCUCCCUCUCCUUCCUCUCCGUCAUGUACGCGCUGCCGGUCCGAGGCUGACGGGCACCCACCGGAAGACGACCAGAGGGGAAGGCUCGGGGGCUGCAACCUGAAGAGGGAUGCCUUGGGGGGGGGAUGGCGUUAGGGGUGUGCGUGCCCCCCCUGCCCCCCUGGAAGAAGAACCCGGGGCAGCCCUGCAGCCAGCCUGCCUGCCGGCUCCUGGGCCACGGACCCCCGCUUGGUGAACCUCCUUCUUUGACACUGGGGAGAGUGGGGGUGGGCAUGGGUGCAAGGUCCUUCCCCCCCCACUUGCUCCCAGGGAGGGGCCAGGAAUGGCAGAGCCAUCCCUGCCUCCCUUGCCCUUAGCACGGAGAAAUGCCAGGCCUUUUGCAAUCCGCCCUGGAAGGAAACCUGGCCUGGGAAGUGAGCCUGAGGAAUAAAACAUGUUUUUAAAAACCAGCCUGGCAGGCGAUGGAGUGGUGA